UCCUCAUAAUUGGCACGAAACAGUACGCGCGAGUGAGGAAGUCGAAAACAGGUAGACGGAAGGGGGAAAUGCUCGCAUCGUUGCAAUCGCGGACACGAACGAUCGUAGUGGUUGUUCGGACUAAGAGUCGGCGGUGUCGCUGGAUUCUGGCGUAAAGCGUGUCACGUCGAAAACUUUGCAAAACUCGAAACGGAUUUGAAAAUAACUUUGUUUUAAGAAUCUCUUGGCCCUAGGACCGCCUUUUCUUUCGAUCAAGUCGUCAGAUAGUGCUGAUUAUGCACCCACCGCAGCGCAGCAGCAUUUGUUUCAUCUGUCUAGCAAUGAUGGGAUUCGCGCAUGCUGGAAGGCCGACGAGGACUCUGGCUUUCCGCAAAGGCAGUACUUUUUUUUACCGGCUGAACUACAAGAUAAACUCUCUCCCUUACACAACGAUCUUCGCGCAAGCGGCGGGUUUUAAGGCGACAUGGGAACUACCUACCACCGGCAGACCACGGAACAUCCGGUCCGUCACUGACAUCCAUAAGUGCACCGAGCUCAUGUACGAAAGUCAUGGCUUCAAUGGUCGUUCUUGCGUGCUAAAGAAUAUCUGUCAAGCGUUACAAUAUGCGGAGCGACAGGACGGCAUUAUAGGAAAGAUAUUGAAGCUGCUCGCAGGGUCGUAUAUUAAUAAUAGUACUUGGCAUGAAGAUCCAUUGUUCUGUGAGCAUCAUACCAGGAAUUGCCCUUUACAAUUAAUCGGGUUUAAUGGUUUUCUAGAGAGCUAA